AUGGACUGCCAGCCCUACGGUCGCAACUGGAGUUUCCUGUGGAAUGUUUCAAUCCCCAAGUGGGCGAUCUUGCUUCUCAUAAUCUUCUUUUUCGUCGGUGUCUGGGUUCUCAUGUUCUAUAUCCUCACGUCUUUGAGUAAGACCCAUACUUGGUUGUUGCCUGUGUUCGCUGUCGGCCUCGGCGCUCCAAGAUGGUGCCAGGGUGUUGGCUUGGGAAUGAUUCUCCUGCAGACGUUGUCAAGAUUACACGUCUGUUCCGCGCUCGCUCUCGCUCAGGUCAUUGGGUCUAUCUGUGUCAUGGCCGCCCGCGCAACUGCAUCAAACCGCAUCGGCCCAGGGAGCGUAUUCCCUGAUGUCGGAACAUGGGACUUCUCGCAUGGUCUCAAGGGCAGCCCGAUGGCCUCCGCUCCAUUCUGGCUGGCGCUGACCUGCCAGACUGUCAUUGUACUAGGUUACUUCUAG